ACGACGAAUAAACUUCGCAUUCAGUUUGAAUUGUGUCCUCGUAAUGAAAGGAUAUUCGUUACAUUGUUAUUAAGUUGUUAUUAUUUUGUUCAGUCUAACAAAAAGAAAAAAGUUUUAAAAAGAAAUUAUAUAUGUAAAAUCAAAAAAUUCUAAAAAAUCAAAUCAAAAUAAAAGAAAAUAUUCUUUGAAAGAAAAUAAUCUAAAAAAAUAAGAUUCACACUAAGGUUUUGUUGUUUUUUUUAAGAAAGAAAAGAAAGCAUCUUUACUCUAACACUACUACAACUUACUACCACAAGCCGUAUACAAAUAAAGUUCAAAAUUUCAUAAAAAAACAAAAUAUUUUUUUUUAUUACAAUUAAAUAAUUUAUUAUAAAAAUAAAAAAAAAUAUAUUAUAAUCAAAACGUACUGGCAAAGGAAAAAGUGUGAAUUAAAAAAAUAAUUUAAUAAAUAAAGAAUUCUUAAAAAUAAAGAAUACAAAGAAAAAAUUAAAUUAAUGUUUGAAAAAAAUCAAAAAUAAUUAAAAGAAAAUUUUUUAAAGCGCAAAUUAUUUCAUGGUAUUUUGAAAAAUAAAUAACAAAAUUAUUAACUAUCAACUAUUUCAUUGGUCUGUGAUAAGUGAAGGUCAAGCUAAAUAAAAUUUUGUUAAAAAUAAAAAAACCAAAAAAUUUAAAACAAAUUUUACUCCUUUCCCUUAAACUAAAACACAAUUUUUUUUAGCAAAGUUACACAUUUAUGUUAAUUAAACAUUUAACACAAAACACAAGUGCGGUUUCAGUCUACCAAAAAAAAAAAAAUUAAACAAAUGCGUAAAAGUUUUGGAAUUAUUGAAAUAAUAAGCAAUAUUUCCAUAAAUAAAUGAAACAAUUAUAAAACACAUAAAAACCACAUUGAAAACAAAACUACAAUAAUAACAACUAAAAAAAUUUCGUGAACCAUAUAAAAAAAACUUUUUGUAAAACCAAAUAUUUUAAAAACAAACAAAUAUUUAAUUAACUGCCUAAGCAAAAGUGCAAAUUAUCCCUCGAACAAAAAAAAGUAAAAUCAUUUAAAACUUUAAUUUUUCAAAAAACAUCAAAUUGUUUUAAACAACAGGAAUUACUACCCCGAAAAAAAGUAAAUUUAAAAUUCUUUGUUUCAUUUUCGUAUACAAAUAAUUUGUUAUUGCCAUCAACGCGAACAUUUUACCACUUUGUAAAACCACAACAUCCACAUCAACAUCAGCUAUAAACGUACGUACAUAUAUAUAACUACCAAAAAUAUACAUACAUAUAAAACAGAUUAGUACACGUCUGCAUACAUUUACAUGUUAAACGCAUACUAUAGCAAGAACUACGAACAACGGCGCCUACACCACUACUACGGCUACCAGACAACUACUAAUUCUACAGCUACUAACUACCACUGCUACUAAACAUUAUUACUUCAGUGACUGUUGUGUGUUGCAAAUAAAAUAAUAACAACACAGGAAAGCACUCGUUAAUCCCGUCUAUUGCAAAUAUAUGUACAAACUCACAUACUUGCUUUUACUACUAAAAAAGCAAAACGAAUAAAAGAGGUUGAAAAAUCAGCAGUUGAAUAUAUUAGCAUACCUUGACUACAUUAAUAUACGUGAACAUUAUAGAAUUAACAUUGUUGUUUUAAGUACAUGUGUAUAUGAAAAGUGUAUACAUUGUAUAUCUGUCUAACUGUAACUUGACCGCAAAACAUCAAAAGCAUUACAAACAAAAACAGCAACAACAACAGCAAAAUAGUAGAAUACACAUCUCUAAAUAAAAAUUUAGAGCAAGAAAAAAGUAAAUAAACAAACGGUUUAACCAAAUAACGGCAAAAAAGAACUAACUCCUACACUUACACCAGCUCACGCGACACAACAUCGUAGUGUAGGUGUACAGUAAACAAAAAUAAAAAAAAAAAAAAAACGAGAAAGUUUAAAACACAAAUUCCGAGGUAAAAGAGAACCCAGUGUUGUUUAGCAAAAGCAAAGCAAAAAUGUUGGCAAUGCCCACACUCAUGAUGCCAGCCACAGCACAAAUGACGCUUAGCAGUCAACCACUAUCAGUUGGUGCCCCACAUGCUAAACCAUACGAAACUAAAUUGCUGGCCAUACAUCAGACUCACAUAACACAGCAGCAGCAACAGCAAACGCACCAGCAGGCCAACAAUACCAAGCAGCAACAGCAGCAACAACAACAGCAGCAGCAACAAAUGUCGGCCAGUAGUCAACAACAGCAACAAGCCCAACAACAGCAGCAACAACAACAAGUCGCUGCUGCUCAACAACAGGCUGUUCAGCAACAACAGCAACAGGCCCAACAACAGCAUCAACAACAGGCAGCUGCUGCCGCUGCUGCUGCAGCUUGUAUUGCCCAGCAGCAGGCUGUAGCUGUGGCUGCUGCUGCAGCUCAACAGCAACAACAAUAUCAAAUACAUUCUCAACAACAAUCACCACAACAGGCAUUGAGUGCUUCACCCAAACAAGGUAAGUUGAUUUAUUGCAAUAAAACAAUUCAACAUUGAAUAAAAUUAUUAUACGUAAGUAUAGAAAAAUGUUUAACAAAUCUGAGAUCAUUAAAAUAAAUUCCCUUCCCGGUUUCAGAGUUGGGAUUUAGAGAUCAUCCCUUAUAUUUACAAGGAAACCUUAAAAUGGUAACCCUUUUUCUUGUAUAUACUAUUUGUAUAUAAAAAAUAAACUAGUUUUGUAUUUGCCGCUAGUUCUCACAACAAAAUAUUCCUUUUCUUAACACAUAGUUAUUUUGUUGUUAUUGCUUUUUGUUGCAUUGUUGCUUUAUAUGUAUUGCAACAAUGUAUACAUUAGCAAAAAAAUAAUAAAAGCAAAAUACUUUCCUUUACAUACUUAUAGAGGGCGUUAGAGUAGUUUUUUUUUAUUUGUUUAUAUUGUUUUUGUUUUUACAAUGAAUUUGAGAAUGAGAGUAUAUGAGUUUAGGUUAAUAGUUAAAAGCAGUAAAUACACCAACAAUGCACUAGUAAUGAUAUUCAGUAUAUUUUUACUCAUACUACCAACAAUAUAGGUUGCAUGAAGCAACAAGAACAAAAACCGGAAGCUGACGAAAUAUUCAAAAAGCCGAUGCUUUAUACUGCGCUUGCUGCAACAACAAAAAUAAACUUUUUAUAUAAAAACUCAUAUACAUACAUAUAUACCGACUUACUGCAUGUUGCUUG